AUGUUCCAAACCGUUCAACGGAAAAAUCGCGUUGGCAUUCGAAAUGACAACGCUGGAAAGGACUAAGAAAAUCAUGCACUUUAUCCAGACGUAUCUGUACAAUUCGACAAAUUACAAGUUUGAGGACGGCACCACUCAGGCUAUAAAUGUACCGUAUCCGGAUUCGGGAGUCUAUGCAAAUUACAUUUUGCACUAUCCGGAUGCCACGUGGGUUUAUAUAGAGCUAGGUUUGAUUCAGAAACGUUCAGGAAUGUGGAACUAUUGGCGAUCAACAUUGAUCAACUGGAUAGUGAGGUCGAAACAGCGUAUACCGAUGCUAAGAUUGCCAGGUAUUAGUGAAAGUUGACACUUUGACCUGUUACCCGAAUCUCAGAGGUUACGAGUACAUUUACGAGGAGCGUGACCCUGGAAAUGGUGCCACGAACGUGCUGAUAACAGUGGGUAUCGAGUAAGUUCUGUUCAAACCGACCUGCUGCCUCCAAGUACAUCUCAGUGAUUUCUACGUGAACGACGGCAGUUCCACGUACUACCUGCACCGUCUCCAGCUCAAGUACGGAUUCCGAUCGCUCGUCGUCUCAAUCGGACCGAACUGGAGUGGAUUGAAGGCGUUGGCCGAGAGCGAGGACUGGUAUUUCAAGGCGACGGACUCGAACGGCGAAUGGGUCGCCGAGCAGAUUUCACGCAUCAUUUGUAACUUGUGAUAGUUGUGUUUGCGUUGAUGAUUGAUGAGAAUGAAGUAGUGAUAAGACAAAUCAUCUUUCAGCACACCGGCCAGAUCCAUUCAUUAACACAAAAUGCCAUCCAGAAGCGCCCAGGCCCCACAAAUUCUAGCUCAGUGUCUAACCGUUCAAAGUUCCAGCGUCGACGGUCCCGGUCCCAGCUCCAACAACUUCCCUGCCAGCGUGUGCAUCUCCGUUCGCCGGAAAGAUUGCAGUUGUCUUCGAAUUGAACGCAGUCAACGCACAAAUUCAAGUAAGUGAUUCUCUAAUUUCAGAAGUAUUGUAUGUUUCCAGGACGUUGUCACCUUCGUGAGCACCAAUCUGUACAACUCUCCAAACUAUGACUUCACAACGUCGACACACGCCAUCAAUGUUCCGUACGGCAACACCGAUUUCUAUGCGUCGAUGAUUCUUCAAUUUACAUUUGCGAAAUCUUUGGACGAUCUUCAGAGCAACAUUGAUUUGAUGAACAACAAUGCGCUUCCGGACACAACUUCGAAUGUAUCCGAGUAAGUCAACAAUGUUUACAAUGCUACAAUGUGACAGUUUCAGUGGUCUCUUUUUUCUGUUCCAUGACAGACCUCCGGGUGUCUCGAAGAAUGUGCUCAUUGUUGUCGGAAAUCAGUAAGAAUCAUAUUUUAUUUGAAAACCGCACAGUUCAUGAUGAUUUCAGAAACGAUUAUGAUAGUGAUACAACUCAAAUGUUCCUUGAGCAAUUAAGGAACGACCAGGGCUACAAAGUGCUCUCAGUAUCGAUUGGAGCCAACGCAGGAGACCUCUCCUCGAUUGCCGACAAACCCGAGUGGUACUUUGAAGUUGGCAAUUCGAACGGACAAUCCGUCGCCGAUCAGAUUGCACGCAUUAUUUGUAACUUUUAACAAUUCUGUUUACAUUUGUGAUCGAUCAAAAUGAAGUGAUAAGAGAAGACAGCCCGCUCAUUCCACCUCAACUAACAUAAAACACCAUCCAGAAGCACCCGGGCGCUUAGAAUUCUAGUUCGGUACCUAACCUCAAAGUUCCAGCAUGUUCCAAUCAACAAGUAGUCUUCCGUGGUCAGCUCGGAGUGAUCUUCGAGCUGCUGCCGUCGACGUCUUCCACUCAGCAAGAUACGAUCAACGCAUUCGUGGAGAACAUUCUCCUAAACUCCAACUUCUACGGAUUGGCGGUGGAUAACUUGACGGGCGCGAAUAGAACUCUCGUUACUUCAAUACCGUAUCCGUCCACUUCACAAUACAACGUGCAAGGGUUUGGAAGUGCGAGAAGUGUAUCUGAGUUCAAGAGCCAAGUGGAUGCGUUCAAUGGAGUUAUUAAGCCAGUCACAGCCACCAGUGACAUUUCCGAGUGAGCCUUUUUUUUUCUUUUUCUCUAGAUCCCCCGACAAAUCACUUGUUUCAGUGCUCUCUUGUACGUCGCUUUCAACUUGUCCGCCCCAGGAAAUACCCCAUCUGCUUUGAUCAUUGUCGGAAGCAGCAAAGCGAUGCUUGACAACGGAGCUUCUCCGUUGGCGGAUGAUCUGAAGAUCUUUUACAGUAUCUACACGAUUUCGAUCGGAGACGUCGACUUGUCGCCACUCUCUUCCGGUGCCGGAUUCUCAUUUACGGAUACUUCUCAGCAGACUGCCAAUCAGAUUGCUCAGAGUUUGGAGGCUUCUAAUCCAGUCGUCUACUGUCCACCGCCAGUUCCGUCCUCUACGACUACCGUAACCACUGCCACACCGACCGGUUCCACGACCCUGCCAGCGUGUGCAUCUCCGUUCGCCGGAAAGAUUGCAGUUGUCUUCGAAUUGAACGCAGUCAACGCACCAAUUCAAGUAAGUGAUUCUCUAAUUUCAGAAGUAUUGUAUGUUUCCAGGACGUUGUCACCUUCGUGAGCACCAAUCUGUACAACUCUUCAAACUAUGACUUCACAACGACGACACACGCCAUCAAUGUUCCGUACGGCAACACCGAUUUCUAUGCGUCGAUGAUUCUUCAAUUUACAUUUGCGAAAUCCUUGAAUGCUCUUCAAACCAACAUUGAUUUGUUGUACGACAAUGCACUUCUGGACACAACGGCGACGGUGUCUGAGUGAGUCAACAAUGUGUAACAAUGGAACACUACAAUAUUCGUUUCAGCGGUCUCAAGUUCCUUUUCACAAGCAGCAGUCCUCCAGGUGCCUCGAACAAUGUGCUUAUUGUUGUUGGAAAUCAGUAAGAGUCACAGUGUGCAUUUGAUACAUCGCAAAGUUCAUGAUCCGUUCAGAAACGAUGACAACAGUGGACUGACUGAAGUGUGGCUUGAGCAAUUAAGGAACGACCAGGGCUACAAAGUGCUCUCAGUAUCGAUUGGAGCCAACGCAGGAGAUCUCUCCUCGAUUGCCGACAAACCCGAGUGGUACUUCCAAGUUGGCGAUUCGAACGGACAAUCCGUCGCCGAUCAGAUUGCACGCAUUAUUUGUAACUUUUAACAAUUCUGUUUACAUUUGUGAUCGAUCGAAAUGAAGUGAUAAGAGAAGACAGCCCGCUCAUUCCACCUCAACUAACAUAAAACACCAUCCAGAAGCACCCGGGCGCUUAGAAUUCUAGUUCGGUACCUAACCUCAAAGUUCCAGCAUGUUCCAAUCAACAAGUAGUCUUCCGUGGUCAGCUCGGAGUGAUCUUCGAGCUGCUGCCGUCGACGUCUUCCACUCAGCAAGAUACGAUCAACGCAUUCGUGGAGAACAUUCUCCUAAACUCCAAUUUCUACGGAUUGGCGCCGGACGCGUUGACCGGAGAGAACAGAACUCUUGUCACUGCCAUCCCUUAUCCUUCAACUUUUCAGUACAAUGUGCAAGGGUAUGGAAGUGCCAGAAGUAUUGUAGAGUUCAAAAAUCAAGUGGACACGUUCAAUGAAAACAUUCAGCCGGUUACGGUUACAAGUGAUCUCACCAGGUUAGUCUAAGAUUUCGAUGAUGAACAGGUAUUGUGACUCCAGUGCUCUGCUCUUUGUGGCAACUCAACUUCCAUCCGGAACUACCCCAUCAGCUCUCGUCAUUGUCGGAAACAGCAAAGCUAUGCUCGAUCAAUCUGCCCUCGAUCUCUCGGAAGACUUGAAAAAGUCAUUCAAGAUAUUCACUGUGUCUCUAGGCUACAAUGCAGUGGAUUUAUCGCCACUUUCCUCCGGUAUCAUUUUAAUGUUCCAUCGCUUUUUGAUUGAAAACGUUUUCCAGGGGCUGGUUACUAUUUCAAUGGGUACUCACAACAAAUUGCCGAUCAAAUUGCCCAAAGUUUGGCGAACUUGAGCCCGGGGUUCAAUUGUCCAACAACUUCUCCGAUUCCAGUUUGUGCUUCUCCGUACCAAGGAAAGAUUGCUGUUGUGUUCGAGUUGAACAAAAACGAAGCGGAUCAGGUGAACUUUGAAAUACUUUUUUUCCAGUGAUAACCCAUGUUUUUCUUUCAGAGCGUUGUCAAUUUCGUGAGAAACAACCUGUAUAACUCUACAAACUACAACUUUGAAACCGAUACCGAGGCGAUCAGUGUGCCGUAUCCAGGCACCGAUACGACGUAUGGAGACAAAAUUCUGUUCUUUGAUGACAAUGCAAAGUGAGCAUUUACUUUUUUUUUUGAAAGUAUUUAUAGAAGUUCUUAGGAGUUUGGCUGAUUUGCAAACAAAUAUCGACAAUCUACAAGCCUUGGUAACUGACAAUGCGACUCCCGAAAUAUCAGAGUAUGGCGCUAGUUAUGAAUCCAUUUGAAACCUUUUAUUUCAGCGGUCUUUCAUGGCUAUUCUCGGACAGGAAUACCGAAAAGACGAAAGCUGUUCUCAUCGUUGUCGGAAAUCAGUAAGAAAUCUUCAAUGUGUACCGUGAACUAAACUGUUUUCAGGGCCGACGACAAUUCAGGCACCACUACUAUGUGGCUACUCUAUUUGAGGAGCACACAGGGCUACCAAGUGCUCUCAGUGUCCGUUGGAGCCAACGCAGGAGACCUCUCCUCGAUUGCCGACAAACCCGAGUGGUACUUCCAAGUUGGCGAUUCGAACGGACAAUCCGUCGCCGAUCAGAUCUCUUUCAUACUUUGUAACUUGUGA